CGUCAAACACAUUCCUUUUCCAGCAAGUUGCUUUCGGUUUUCGCGACGUGUUGCGGUUAAAGUGCUAGUAAAUUUUCAGGAAAUCUAGCGACAAAAUGCAAGGAGUGGCUAUUUUUAUCGAUGCCGAGAUCGAAGAUCAGGCACAAGAGCUACGAAAGUUUUUUAAGAAGCUCGGAGCUGAGAUCAGCGAGGAAAAGUCCUCCAAGGGAAUUGAGGAUGAUUUGCACAAAAUCAUUGGUGUUUGCGAUGUUUGUUUCAAGGAUCCGAGUCCGGAAGAGAUCGAUGCCGUUUUAAACAGUGUCGUAUCGAUUAUUGUUUCCAUCCCGUUGGAACGGGGCGAAAAUUUGAUUCUGGCUUUCUGCGAGAAGAUGACAAAGGCUCCGGACCAGACCAUGGCUCGAGUUUGUCUGCAAUCUCUUUGGCGCUUGUUUAGUAAUCUGGAAGCAACCUCUCCCCUGCGCUACCAUGUUUACUACCAUCUGGUACAGGUGGCUAAGCAAGCAGAUCAGGUUAAGGAGGUUUUCUCAGGAGUGGAUCAGCUCAAGACACAAUUUACUCAGUGUCCGCCGUCCAAUGAGCAGAUGCAAAAAUUGUAUCGGUUGCUGCAUGAUGUUCUAAAGGACAUCAAUGGCGAAUUGGCUUCCAAGGUUAUGAUUGAGCUACUGGGAACUUAUACCGCCGAAAAUGCUUCAUACGCCCGUGAAGACGCUAUGAAGUGCAUUGUGACGGCGUUGGCCGACCCGAAUACCUUCCUGUUAGAUCCCUUACUGUCUCUUAAACCGGUUCGAUUUCUGGAGGGUGAGCUAAUCCACGAUUUGCUGUCGGUAUUCGUUUCGGAGAAGCUACCAAGCUAUCUGCAGUUUUAUCAGAAUCAUAAAGAAUUUGUGAAUUCACAGGGAUUGAACCACGAGCAAAACAUUAAGAAGAUGCGUCUGCUAUCGUUUAUGCAACUUGCUGAGGGCAAUCCAGAAAUGACUUUCCAGCAGCUGCAGGAUGAAUUGCAAAUCGGAGAAAACGAGGUGGAACCAUUCAUCAUUGAGGUGCUGAAAACGAAGCUGGUUCGAGCCCGAAUGGAUCAGAAGGCCCGCAAGGUGCACAUUUCCAGCACCAUGCAUCGGACUUUUGGAAGGCCUCAGUGGCAACAGCUACGCGACUUGCUGUACGCGUGGAAAGCGAAUCUUACCGUUGUUCAGGAAAAUAUGAAAUCCGUUGCCGAAGCGCAGGUCGAGCUUGCUCAUAAGCAGUAAGUCGGUUUAGAAAAAAAGAGUGCUAUUCGAAAAGUGAGUCUUCAAUAGAUAAAAAUCAAUUGCGUGACAGCCAAUAGACUAUCUAAAAAUCGAGUGACAAGUAAAAGUGCCCGUUUCAUCUUACGUCCCAGCUGCUGCAAUAAUUUGACCAGCGGGCGAAGAUUCCUAGUGCGUGAGUGAAGAACAGAAAAGGACUGAACAGAGGAAGACACUAAGGUUACUUUCAGCAGGGGUUUAUUCAAGGGAACGCCGGCUUUUCCCGGGUAGUUUUGGCUGCGUUAAGGGAGGGCGGUUCUUAGUGGGUGGGUUGUUUCGUUCAUCAAACAAAUCUGCAUCGUUAGAAUGUAAAGGAUUAACAGUAAGCUUGUAUUAAUUGAAAAUGU